UGCACUUCGGUUCAGUUUGUUUCGUUUGGUCGCUCUAAUACAGGCACAGCAGAGAGCACAAUCAAAACAGCUAUCUGGCGAAUGGGAAAAGUAUACAUAAGACUAGACGACUUUCAUAACUACAAGCACACACAUCAUCGCCUCCGAUCAAAGUCCAUCAUUAUCUGAGGUGAAUCCAUUGGAGCUUCACAUUGCAUUUUUGUUCUAGAUUUUCUGUGUUAUUUUACCAAUUUUACAGUGAAAAUGAUGAAAAAUUGUGUGACAGCUUUGCAGAAAUCUGCAAAAAUGUUGAGUCACUCAACAGGUCCUGUUUCCGUGAUUGUUAAAAAUCAAGCUGUUCGUUCCCUAUGUUCCGCCGCCAGCAAGUACAAUUUCGAAACCCUAAAACUGUCUACGCCACAGCCGUUCGUCGUGCACGUGGAGCUGAACCGUCCGGAUCGGCUGAAUGCCUUCAACAAGCGCAUGUGGAUCGAGCUGGGCCAAUGCUUCAGCCAGCUGCACGACGAUCCGGAUUGCCGUGCGAUCGUUCUGUCCGGAGGCAGUGCCAAGCACUUCACCGCCGGAAUCGACCUGAUGGACAUGAUGAAACUGGGCCAACAGUUGGGCGAGAUCGAGGACAUUGGGCGGAAGGCUAGGCUGUUCGAAGGGCUGAUCAAGCUGUACCAGGACUCGAUCAGUUCGCUGGAACGGUGCUACAAGCCGGUGAUCGCGGCGGUUCACACUGCAUGCGUGGGUGCUGGUGUGGAUUUGAUUACGGCGGCCGAUGUGCGUUACUGCACCCGGGAUGCCUGGUUCCAGGUGAAGGAGGUGGACAUUGGAAUGGCAGCUGACGUGGGAACGCUGCAACGACUGCCCAAAGUGAUUGGUAGUCAAAGUUUGGCUCGGGAGCUCUGUCUGACGGCCAGGAAGUUCAAGAGCGACGAGGCCCAUGCCUGCGGUUUAGUAUCGAGCGUAUUCGAGUCACGCGAGGAGAUGGUCAAGAAGGCGAUCGAGCUGGCAACGCAGAUUGCUGGCAAGAGCCCGAUCGCGGUACAGGGAACUAAGAAAAACAUGGUGUACUCGUUGGAUCACACCAAUCAGGAAGGGUUGGAUCAGAUUCGGGAAAUGAAUAUGACCAACUUGCAGAGCGAAGACUUCAUAAAUGCCGUUAUGGCUCAGCAGAGCAAGGAUGAGAUGCCGGUGUUUUCUAAACUGUAGAUCAGCUAGAUCUUUGUUUUCAAGUUAAGGUAAAUGCAUUGUAUGUUUUGGUUAACAGGC